ACCCUCUCAAAAAUAUUGACAAUCAUGGAAAAAGUUCUCUGCCCAAAGUUUAUAUCCUUUUCAUCGACGGAAGAAGAAAAGACUGCAAGCAAACAACAUUUUUACGAAAAAUUUGGGUUUCCUGGCAUUAUCGGUUGUGUAGAUGGAACACACAUCAAAAUUAUAAGACCAGUAGUAAAUGAGCAUCUUUACUUCAAUAGGAAAGGUGACCAUAGUAUCAAUGCAAUGAUCGUCUGUGAUUACAAAAUGAGAAUCCGCGCUAUUGACGCCCGUUAUGGAGGAGCGUCCCAUGACUCAUUUGUCUUCAGUUUAAGCGCCUAUCGCAGACACCUUGAGCAGAAAUGGAAUGAUGGUGAUAGGAGAAGUUGGUUGUUGGGUGAUUCUGGGUACACUCUGGAACCGUGAAUGAUGACUCCCUACCGAACUACGCAAGAAGGAGGUCGAGAAGAGCAUUUUAAUACUAUUCAUUCUAAAUGCAGGAAUAUUGUUGAGAGGACGAUAGGCGUUCUAAAAUCUUGGCUUGGCUCGUCGGCA